AUGCUCAUGGCCGGAGGGCAUCAAUUAAGACGGGAAAAUGGUGAAAAAGUACCAUAUCUUUAUGAAUAUAACACAAGAAAAGUCACAUUGAAAGAUUUCGUCGAGAAAGAAUUAAUCAAUUAUUUUAUUGAACAAAAUGAACGAUCCCUAUCAUCGUUGGUUGAUGGUUUCAAAACUGCUCAACGAAAAAUUAUUUAUACUUGUUUCAAAUUAAAUGAUGAAUGUGAAACAAAAGUCACUCAUUUAGCCGGUUUCACGGCUAAAUCUACUGCCUAUAAACAUGGUGGUCGAUUUUUGAUGCCAUUAAUUAUAAAAUUAGCCCAGAAUUUUCGCUGGAUUGACUUGAGCUUAAUAUUGACUGAAGGUGAUUCAGCUGCAUAUUUCAUUGAAGUUGGUCUCGAUAUAGUUGGCCGUACUAAAUUCGGGGCAUUUCCAUUGCAUGGUAAAUUUUUGAAUGUCCGUGCAGCAACAAAUGGAGAGAUCCAUGGAAAUGCCGAAAUAAAGAAUUUAGUAAAAAUUCUUGGCCUUGAAUUUGGAAAAAAAUAUACAACAGAUGAUGAUAUGAAUACCCUUCGAUAUGGUAAAGUGUUGAUAAUGACUGAUCAAGACCAUGACGGGUCUCAUAUCAAAGGUUUAUUCAUAAAUUUCAUUCAUUUCCUUUGGCCAACAUUAUUAAAAAUGAAUUUUGUCCAACAAUUUAUCACGCCCAUAUUAAAAGUAACCAAAGGUACUUUCAAACGUCCAUUCUAUUCGGAGCUCGAAUAUGAAGAUUGGAGGCAAAAAACGACCAAUUAUCGUUCAUAUAACACCAAAUAUUACAAAGGAUUAGCCACUUCAACAUCCAAAGAGGCAAUCGAAUAUUUUUCGGAUAUAGAUCAUCAUCGUAUUGAUAUCGAAUAUAACGGCAAAGAAGAUGAUGACGCAUUUAAUUUGGCGUUUAAUCCGGAAUAUAUUGCUGCCAAAAGAGAAUGGAUAUUAAAAGAAAUGUGCACAGGAAUGUAA